GGGAUUUGGGUGAUCGAGCGAGCGACUGAGAAGUUAGAGAUUUUGUUGCAAAGUGAAGAAGAGCAAGGAGUAUGGUGGAAGCCAUUGAUAGAGAAGAGGUCGACAUUGCGAGAGAGGAAAUGGUGGGAUUGGUAAGAAGGAAGUAUUUUGAGGAACAAGGUUCAACUUCGCACUAUUUGAACGUGGACAAGGACUUGGGAGCUCCGCCACAAAAGUCCAGGUCUCCUUCUUUUUGGGAUUUGGACAAUUAUAAUACAUCUCUUAUCUCAAGUCCACCCCAUCAAGGAAGACUUUGAAGUCCCUUAAGAAGUGUAUUUGGAUUGAGCUUAAUUGGAAGUGAAAGCAUGGAAAUGGAGAGCAACAUAAUCUUGAAGAACCAGAAGCUGGGUGCCUUUGAUAUUCUUAGAAAAGCUUUAGGUAUCACUACCACAAACAUCAACUUCUUUCUCUUCACUAUUUUCGCUUCACUUCCUCUCUUCUGUUUCUUGGUUUAUAAUCAACCUUUUCUGCAAGAAUUCCAGGAUCAAGUAUUAGAAAUUCUAAAACAUCCGGCCUUUGUUUAUUAUUUUGAGGAGGACACGUUUAAGUGGUCAUUACAAUAUGAUGCGACCCCGGGAUAUGAUGUAACCCCGGAAUGGAACAAACGGUUCCCUGGUGAGUUGAUUCAACAAGCUCUUCUCUAUCUAGUGCCUCUCCAUCUCCUAGAGCUCAUCACUGCGCUUGCAAUUGCUGUUUUGGCCUCGAAGAUAUAUAAAGAAGAGAGACCAAUGACUCUGAAGGAGAUGGUAAAUAAUCAACCUUUCGACAAAAUCACACUGAAAGCUUUUCUCAUCACAGCUGUCUAUGUUCUCGUCUUGUCGACCUGUAGUGAUAUACUCGGAUCUGUAUGGUCAGCUGCAAGCUACUCUUUUGUAUUCAGGUAUUUCAACCGUGAAAUUUUCUUAUCUUUAUGGUGUUGUAUAGCAUCUCUAGCAAUGCUUACGACGUAUUUGGCAUGGAACGUGAUAUGGAAUAUGAGUAUCGUGAUUUCAUUAUUGGAGGGGAUACAUGGAAUCAAGGCAUUCGGUCUUGUAACGUAUCUAAGCACUGGCAACGGGUGGGGAGGGUUUCUUUUGAUGUUCAUUUUCUUUGCUUGGGAAGUAACUUUAAGGUUGCCAUGUCUCUAUUUUGGCUGCAAAGGAAGGGGGAAUGGAAUGUUUGUUGCACAGAGUAUCUUGUUGUGCUUCGGGAAUGUGUUCGAGUUGGUCGUCUUUGUGAUAUAUUUCCAUGAUUGCAAGAACCGGGUUUCAGAAAAGCUGUUGAUGAUCAAGGCUAACAAAGCUGGUGAUCAGAGCUGUGUAUGAAUCGGCACCACAAGCAAGAACAUUGAUGUGAUCAUCAUCAGAAAACUCUGGUCUAUGCAUACAACAUUUUAAGGUCGCCUUUAAUAAAUGAUUGUCAUUAAAUAUGUACAAUUUCAAUGUGUUCCAUCUUUGCUUUCAUGUUUUGUUUGUUGUAUUGAAAGGGAUAUAAACCUUGAACUGUGAUAGUUCUUUUAGUUGGACUAGCCCUUGCAAGGGUGCUUCACAGUCAUAUUUGGAAAAUGUA